GUGCUGCUGUCUCUUUAAGGAGGCAGGGGUUCCAGAACGUGACGUCGUGCGUGUUUCAAGACCGGGAACUGGCGGCGGACGUUCACUUCUAGGCAAACUUCAAACUACUACAUAUAACAGUCAUUAAGUGUUGCUGUCAUGCCUGCUAAAAAGACUGCACCCAAGAGGAAGUCUGAGCCUAUUGUGGAGGAUGAUAAAGGCCCCAAGAAAGUGAAGGUUUGCCACAGAAGUCAUGGCAAGGAGGGGGGUCAAGUUCUUGUUCUGGGCCAGGGAGAUGUUGGACAGUUGGGUCUCGGCCAGAACACCAUUGAGAGGAAGAAGCCGGCCCUUGUGUCUCUGCCGGAGGAAAUUGUGCAAGUGAUAGCCGGAGGCAUGCACACUGUGUGCCUCAGCAUCACUGGCCAUGUCUACACUUUUGGCUGUAAUGACGAAGGUGCCCUUGGUCGGGACACAACAGAGGAGGGGUCUGAGAUGGUUCCUGAAAAGGUGACAUUGGAGGAGAAGGUGGUCCAGGUGUCGGCAGGGGACAGCCACACAGCUGCACUCACAGAGGAUGGAACGGUGUACAUGUGGGGCUCCUUCAGGGAUAACAAUGGUGUAAUAGGGCUUCUGGAGCCCAUGAAAACUUGCACCGUUCCAGUCAAAGUCCCCAUGAAAGAACCUGUUGUGAAAAUUGCGUCAGGUAACGACCACCUGGCACUGGUUACACUGGAGGGAAAUCUUUACACAUCAGGCACUGCAGAGCAGGGGCAGCUGGGGAGAGUGCCUGAGCAUUUUUCAAACAGAGGAGGCAGGAAAGGCCUCGGCCGGUUGCUUGUACCACAGAUGGUAAAAGUGAAAGGGAAAGUUCGCUUCACGGAUGCCUUCUGUGGGGCGUACCUCACCUUUGCUGUGUCAAAAGAGGGUGUUUAUGGAUUUGGUCUCUCCAACUAUCACCAGCUGGGCACUGAAAACACCGAGCUGUGUUUUGUACCAGUAAAACUGACAUGCUUCAAAAACUCUACCACCUCCUGGGUGGACUUCUCUGGAGGACAACAUCACACACUCUGCCUUGAUGCUGAAGGACAGGUAUAUAGCCUGGGCAGAGCAGAGUAUGGUCGUCUUGGUCUGGGCGAAGGGGCAGAGGAAAAGAGUGAGCCCACGCCUGUGAUGGGGAUGGAGCCGGCCAGUAGGUUGACAUGUGGGGCGUCUGUCAGCUACGCCGUCACCAGAGAAGGAUCUGUGUACUCCUGGGGCAUGGGCACCAACCUGCAGCUCGGCACAGGAGAGGAGGAGGAUGAGUGGAGCCCCGUAAAGAUGACAGGCAAGCAGCUGGAGAACCGCACAGUACUCUCGGUCUCCAGUGGAGGGCAGCACACAGUCCUUUUGGUCAAAGACAAGCAGGAGAGCUGAUGUCCAUCUCAGACGGGGAUCUUGUGAUCUGUUUCGAGGUGGGGCUUUUUUCACGCUGCCUAAAUCUGGGGAGGUGGUUGAUCUAUAUGUGACUUCCUGUGCUGAGCCGAGGGAAUGUGAGAGGUCCGGGCCCUUUUUAUGAGAACGCUUCUCUUCCUGGUGUGGGGAAAAUGUUCAUGGAUGUUCGGUAGAUCAUGACAAAUGAGAGACUAUUUUUUUUAAUGUUCCCUUAAAAAGUCAUUAGUAUGACUGUAAGAUGGUGUAUGUGCUGUUUGUGAAUGUGACUGUUUGCAUGUACAUAAAGUAAACGAGUGCAAGCUUUUUAAUGACUUCCCCAAACAAUAGUCUUUUUUUAAUAUUCUUUUCUUUUCUUUAAAGCAAUAAUUUCACUGAUCUUGGUUCGGACAGGACAUUUCUACUCAAUGAGUUUAAUAUGCGAGACUACUGUUCAUUUUACUGAGGGCACACACAAUUGUUGUGACUAUUUGGACAUUUGGUAACACAUACUGUAUACUGCAUUUGUUUUGUUGGCUGUCUGAAAAUAAAGAUGCAAUUAAGUUUUUAAGCCUU